AGCGAGCUCUUCUGUCUGCCAAUGACAUUCAAGACACAAAGUCAUGUUUCUGUUGCUCGUUUACUUUGUGCUCAACUCACUCAAUCAGGUGGAGACCGCACCCAAUCGCCAAUUCAGCACAUUACGCACUGAGUUUAAAAAGGUCUUCACCGACUUCGAUGACAAGAUCAUCUCGAAUCUGACGGGUUGGCUCAGUGAAGAUGCAUCUCUUAAUCUGGAUAUGCAUGUCAAACAGUUGAUCUCAUCGAGUCGCACCACUGUAACGGUCAAGUACAGAGUUGAGGACUCUAUGAACUAUCUAACACUGUUGAAUUACGACAUCGACACCUGCAAAACCCUCAAGGAAAUGAUGGCAACGGGUCUGGUCAAAGUCUGGUUUCGCAACAUUCGCAAAUACGGAAAUUUGAGUCCCAGUUGCCCAAUAAAACCUAGCUACUAUAAUCUGCGCAAUUUGCGGUUGGAAAGCCAGAGCAUUCCUGUUUUUCUUCGACCUGGUGACUAUCGCAUUAGAGUCUUCAACUACAAUGGCAAGGCCAAUGCCAAAGCUAAAUUGCGACAUCUGGUGACUUGUGUUACAGUCGAAAUGAAAUUUUAUUAAAUGCGGAUUUCAAACAAAGCCUCAUCAGUUUUUGUUCCAAUAUUAUCGUGAUAUUGAGGGGAAUUUUACCAGCUGAUUUCGUAGAAGAGACAAACAGCAAAUUGAUAAGCAUUUCAAAUUAGCUUCAUAGAAAUACA